CUGCAGUGUCUUUAAAAAAAAAAAAACAAACCCACAAAAAAACUGUUUUGGGAAAUGUGCUGUGAUUUAAAAAGGAGGUUUUUGCUCCUCUAUGCAACACAAAAAGGGCAGGCAAAAGCCAUAGCUGAGGAAAUAUGGCAGCAGGCAGGUGCCCAUGGAUUUGAAGCUGAUAUGCACUGUAUGAGUGAAAUGGACAAGUAUAACCUGGAAACAGAAAAGGAUCCUGUAGUUAUUGUUAUUUCCACUACUGGUACUGGAGACCCACCAGACACUGCCCGCAAGUUUGUAAAGAAAAUUCAAGACAGAACCUUGCCACCUGAUCAUUUUGCACAUCUCCAGUAUGGACUGCUAGGUCUGGGAGAUUCAGAGUAUAUAUUCUUCUGUAAUGGUGGAAAGACAGUAGACCGAGGACUUCAAGAACUUGGAGCCCGGCACUUCUAUGACACAGGAUUAGCAGAUGAUUGUGUAGGUUUGGAAUUAGUGGUUGAUCCUUGGAUUGAUGGACUUUGGUGUGCUCUCAAGGAAGUAUUUCUGUUGCAGAAAGAAAAAGAAGGCAUGAACAGUGUUGUCGAUGCUGUUUCAAGCUCUCUCUCUGCAGCCCCACGUGUGCAGGAGCUAAACUUAACCUCCAAAGUACAGAACUUGAAGCUAGAAGAUGAGGGAGUGAGGAGUUCUGAUGUUCUGUCACAGAAACUGGUUGACAUCAGUCUUGUGGAUUCAAGUAGAGACACUGAACCUUCACUUGUUCGUUCUGUCCCUCCUGUCUCUCAGUCUGCUCUUAAUAUUCCUGCCUUGCCACCAGAAUAUAUAGAGGUGCAGUUUCAGGACACCCAUGGUGAGAAUCCACAUUUGUCCUCACUGAUUUCAGAGGGAACAACCUUUGAAGUGCCAGUUACAAAAGCAGUUCAACUCACUAGAGAAGAUGCAAUAAAAACAGCCUUACUCUUAGAACUUGAUAUUGCAGAUACAGUCUUUGACUAUCAACCUGGAGAUGCCUUCUGCGUAAUGUGUCCCAACAAUGUCAGUGAGGUAGAAGAACUUCUUUGUAUCUUGGGACUUUCUGAAAAAGGAGAGAACUUUGUUUGUGUAAAGGUUAAGCAGGACACUAAAAAGAAAGGAGCAGCUCGUCCACAACACAUCCCUGAAAGAAGCACUCUGAAAUUCAUUCUAACCUGGUGCUUGGAAAUAAGAGCAAUUCCCAAAAAGGCAUUUUUGCGAGCUCUUGUAGAAUGUACGAGUGAUGCAGGAGAAAAACGGAGGCUUCAAGAGCUUUGCAGCAGACAAGGAGCCUCUGAUUACACACGCUUUAUUAGAGAUGCUAAUGUUUCUUUGCUGGAUUUACUCCAUGCUUUUCCAAGCUGCAAGCCUUCAGUUAACAUGUUCAUUG